UCACCCACUCCACGAGUCUUCGCCGAUAACCAGAAACCUCCAAAGCCAUUCUCUCCGUUUCUCCUAACUUUGACAUUGAAGAUCAUCUCGCCGGGAAAAUGAAUAUUCCGGCGAACUUCUCGUCCCUACAAACACCUGCUCUCCAUAUUUCCGAUCAUCGUCGUCACGUGUUCCACGAAAGACCCUGACUGGAAAAAAUAUUCUUCAUCAUCGUGCCAAAGGUUAUUCCAUUUUUCUUUGCCACUAUAAUUCCUGGAGAAGGUACAACGAUUUCUCGCUCGUUUGAAAAUUUGUUUGAAAAUUUUGGUAGAUUAUUUUUUUGUUCUUUGUUUAGUUUAGCUUCGGACCGGAUUGACCCGGUGAUCGGCGAAAAUUUACGACCGGCAGAGAUGCUUUGUCUGUUGAGAGACUUUUCAAAAGAUGAAAGUGGAUGCAGACUGUGUGUGAAACUGUGCACUGAGUUGUGGCAUUGAAUUGAAGUAUAUUUUUUGUUUUUUGUUUUUUUUUUCUGUUCUCUGGUUCAUGGAUAUGUGUGUGUAUUUGGAAGUGAGGGAGGCACAUUUGGAUUAAGGUGCAGUUUGCUUUUUUAAAAUAUUGUUACUCUGAGGCUGUGAAUUUCCAAGCGAAUCCGAUAUUAUUCAGCUCUGAAAAUGGACCAGAAAUAGCAGAGCGGUUUCAUACAAGAUUGUAUUAACUUCACCAUGCCUUUUCCGAUGAAGAUCCAACCCAUUGACGUUGAUUCUCAAGCAGCAGUGAGGGAACCGGUUGUCAGAACCGAUAAUGCCAAACCGGUGUUGAAAUCACGGCUCAGGAGGCUUUUUGAUCGGCAGUUCCCUAGCGUUCUGAAGAUUUCUUCGGUGGAGAAGCCCAGUGGUGGCGAGGCUCAGUACAGCAACAAAGAUGGAGGGCCAGAGUUCGAGCCCAGCUCGGUUUGCUUGGCGAAGAUGGUGCAGAACUUUAUCGAGCAGGAGAGCAACGACAAACAAUCCUCCGCGGCGGCCAAGUUCGGCCGGAACCGCUGCAAUUGCUUCAACGGCAAUAGCAAUGACAGCUCCGAUGACGAAUUUGAGGUGUUCGCUGGUUUUGGCGGCGAAUCCAUGACCUCCGGAUCAUCGUUCGGCGGCGAUUCCUUUGAUAUAAUCAAGAAUCUAAUUCCUUGCUCCAGCGUCGCCGAGAGAAACCUCUUAGCAGACGCAGCGAAGAUCGUCGAGAACAACAAAACUCACAAACUUAAAGACGAUCUGAAAACAAUUGUCACGGAGUCUCUCUCAUUUCUCGGCUACGAUACCUCAAUCUGCAAAUCCAAAUGGGACAAAUCCCCCUCUUACCCAGCCGGGGAAUACGAAUACAUAGAUGUAAUAGUGGAGGGGGAAAGAUUGUUGCUCGACAUCGAUUUCCGAUCGGAGUUUGAGAUAGCUCGAUCGACCGGAACCUACAAGGCGGUCCUGCAAUAUCUGCCGUACAUUUUCGUGGGUAAACCGGAUCGGCUGGACCGGAUUGUCUCAAUCGUAUCGGAGGCAGCAAGGCAAAGCCUGAAGAAGAAAGGGUUGCACUUUCCGCCGUGGAGGAAGGCCGAGUACAUGCGGGCCAAGUGGCUCUCUACUUACACCAGAACCACCCAACCCCGAUCAUCCUCUACCGUUGGAGACACAGUUUCGGGGACCGAGAAUGAAGAUUCUUCGGUCACGACGGACAGCGAUUGGGGUGAGUUGGAGCUGAUCUUCGGAGAGGAAAUGGUGCCGUCCGAUGCUAUCCCAUGUGAUUCGGUAUUUUCGCGCCAGUCGAGAAAUCUCGGUAUGGAAGAGGAAGCGAAAGUGGUUCCCCCGUGGCAGCCACCGGCGGUAAAACCGAAGAGCGUUGAGAGAGGAGCAAAGAUGGUCACCGGAUUGGCUUCUCUUCUGAAGGAGAAGCCCUAAAAAUAUUUUUGGAUUUUCAACCGUAUAUUUUUCCCAAAACUUACGGGUAUAAAAGGCAUCAAUAUAUAAAUAACAUAUAGUCGUAAUUAGGGCAAUGGUACAACUUUUUUUUUUUUUCCCACUCUUUUUGAUGAUCUAAGAAGCAGUAAAUCUAUGAUCGUUGUAAUAAAAUAGGACCAGAAAAGGUGAAAAAAAAAAAAAAAAAGGAGAGUACAUAACUUCCAAAAUCUUGUAAAUUGAAACACACUGAGAUCGUUAAGAUAUUUUAUUUGCUUCU